CGAGAGUGAAACAGAACGGUUGGGAAAAUAAAUUGAUCGUCGUCCCAGACAGUGAAUAAAAAAGGAUUCGUGCAUCGGAACUGAAUUAAAAUGAAAAGAAUUUGAUUUGUGAAAUAAAAAUAAAAAAAUCAUUCAGUUGUGCCUCGAUUUUCAAAGGAUUCAGAUUGAAAUUUUAAAAAGUGCUUGAAAUAUUUUAAUUUUAAAAUUGUAAAAAAAAUGGCAAACUUAUCAUCCCCUCCCUCGCCUGCAUCAACAUCAUCGGAGUUAUCGAAAUUUGGAUUAAAUCCAUCAUCGCCUUUAUAUCUUUAUCAAAUUGAACAACUCAAAAUGUUGCAGAGAAAUUCAGCUCUUCCUGAUUUGUCGAUGCUUUAUCAAAACCCAACAAUUUUUUAUACAGCAAAUCCAUUCUGGUGGCAACAACUCAUCUUUUCAUUGCCACCUGUCUUUGGUGGUGAUACGAAUAAGAAUGACGAUGAGAAGAAACCAGUUUUAAAUGCUCGCGACAAAAAUGAGCAAAUCUCGCUUAAUCGUGACUAUAUUUUGACACCAGAGACACCGGAACGAGAAGAAAAUUAUGAAAUGGACAUCGAUGAGCCACUUAAUCUAUCUACAAAGGAUAAUAUUCAUCGGGAUACAGACAUUUCAUCGUCAUUAUCAACACCAAAAAUCAAUCCAAAUUUAUUCUCUGCCAUUUGGUCGCCAGCAUCACUCGUAAGUCAUAAUGACAAGUCAUUUGGCAUUAAGAAUGAAAAUUCUAUGGAACAUUCACCAACAACCCCAAAAAUGAAAUUUAAUUUCGAUAAUUUUCGAGGAUUAACAAUUAAACGUGAAACUCAACAAGUUGAUUAUGAUAUUUUAAAGAAGAACUGCACAGAUAUGCUGUUACUUAAUAAUAAUAACAAUAAUAAUAAUAGUUUAUCAUACAAUAAUAAUAAUUUAAAUUCGAGCUUUAGCGGAAGUGAUAGCUCUAAUAUUUUACUUGAUAAAGUGCCAAAGGUAUCAAGAAAAAGUUUACCGAUUAUUAAGCCUGACUCAACAGAACACAGCGAUUUUCUCGUACGCGAAUUUCGUGAUGAGCGUGGGAAAAAGGAGAGGUCUUUUGAGUGUAAGCAAUGCGGAAAGGCAUUUAAGAGAUCCAGCACAUUAUCGACACAUUUACUGAUACACUCAGAUACGCGACCAUAUCCUUGCAGUUAUUGUGGUAAAAGAUUUCAUCAAAAGUCAGAUAUGAAGAAGCAUACGUAUAUUCAUACAGGAGAAAAACCACAUCGAUGCCCAGUGUGUGAAAAGGCAUUCUCACAAUCGAGCAAUUUAAUAACCCACAUGCGCAAACAUGGAUCAUAUAAGCCAUUCUCAUGCGGUUUAUGCGAGCAAGGCUUUCAACGAAAAGUUGAUCUUCGACGUCAUCGUGAGUCGGCGCAUCAAAUUGAAAGUGAAAAUGAGAGUGUAAAAUUUAUUAAAACCGAAACUUUUAAGACGGAGGAGUACGACGAGAAUCUGACGAAGCCAUUCAAAUAUAUUAAAAUGAAGAUAAGAGAUUAAUGUUUGACUAUUGUCUAAUCCCUUUGUUGCCUUAUGUACUGAUACAAUGAAAGUAAUUUAAUUAAGUGUUUUAUUUUAUAAAUUCUCUGAAAAAGUGGUAGAACCAAAGCAUUUAUAUUUUUUUCUAUUUGUAAAGUUUGAGAGCUGGGUACUGUGGGGAUAUUGGAAGAUUUCUUUGAUGUGUACAGGACUAGAAUUGAUCAAAUUUCAUAGAAUUUGAAAAAGUUUUGAGGUUAGGUUUUAAAUUAUUUGGCAAUAUCUUCUCAAUUUAUCAAGGUUAUUGAUAUUCGAACCUUGAUUUCAUACAAAAAUGAGUUCGGAUCCCACUUCAAACUGUUGGUCUAGGUUUAAAGUGAGAGUCCUUUAACUCCUCAAUACCAAGUCAAAACCAAACCUUGAAAUUUUUUAGACCCCUUAAAGUCAUCCCAAUCUAUCCAACCAGUACUCAACCCUUACGAAAAAAAAUCAACAUAACCUAGAAACUAGUUAAAAGAAAAGUUUUAGAUAUAAAAUAAUUAUAUAAUUUAUUAAAUUAAGUGUUCCGCGAGCACUUUUACAUAUUUCCCUUUCACACUCAACGUACUGUACUAUAAAAGUAGCUACUAUUUUUUGAUUAGUGGGAGCAAGUUACCUUAAGUCAUUCAUUGUUAUAUAUAAUUUUUUUUGUAAUAUUUAAUCAACUAGAAAAUAUCGAAGCUGUUCAAUUAUUAUUCGUAGUAAGGAGCAUAAAAAAGUCAGCUAAUUUUGCCAAAGAUUGAUUGUGCGCGAGAUGAAAAUGCAUUCAUUUUAAUUUAUGGUGCAGAAUGUGCAAAUUUCAAUGUGUAGAAUGAAAAAUGUUUUUCAUAAUUAUUAUUUUAUUUUUAUAUUAUGGACAUGAAGGAGAAAAUUUAAGUUGUGGAAGACUUUAAUCAAAAAAAUAAAUAUUUUUGUUUUCUCCUUUAAUUGUGCAUUUUUUUUUAAUUCUUAAAUAUAAAGCUAGGACUUUGUUAAUCGUCUUUAAGAAUAUGUAGAAUUUUCUUGAUGAUUGUCUAGUGUUGUAUGUAUACUUGCCUUA